AUGCUCAUUCAUCAUGGUUACUUAGGCUGCUCCCCAUUAUUUCCUACUGUCGCCACCUCCAUCUGCACACUCACAGCAUAUCGGCAGGCACAAUGCAAGGUGUUGUCGCUUAACUGCGACUCGCUCAACUGGCGUCUCCUGAAUUCCUGCCCGUGUUGCUUCUACAAGCUAGAAGAUGAAGAAAACAUGUCUCUGGAGUGGCUGGUGACUAUGGACAGCAACAAUAGCCUCAAACGAUGGAUGUCAUCAACUGCCCGAAAUGACUCAUGCACAUUUCGCUCUGACUACUGGCUUGAUCGCUUGAGAGUUGAUAAGUUCAAGGAUGAAGUGCGAGGACACACUCACCCGACUGCGGAUACUGAAAACGGGCAAGACAUCAAGCAAACCGAAACAGUGCCGUCAUCCUCCUUUACUUGUGUCAACCAGUGGCGAAAUGCUGGUCCAGAACAACGCAAAAGGAUGUUUUCAGUGUUUGAUGAGUCAGGGAUAUUUAUUGCUGCAUGUCGACACUGGUUCAUCCUUCUUGCUUGCGACAUGGUUAAGAGUGGCGAACUUGCAGAAUAUCCAUUGGCGGUUGUCGAUCAACUGCUAACAGUAUAUGGCAAAAAUGGAGGUUGUGCGUACAAUAUUGGUUGUGCAUUUGCUAAGAUGCUAGGGAACAGUACUUUGGGACCACGUGCUUCCACCCUCAAUUUGCGGAUCAUGGUAGGAGCCACGCGGCAUGCUACAACUUUUCACCAACAUCAAUCAAUCGAGCAACACUUUACAUUUUGGGAUGAGGAUAAGUAUACAGCGUUAAGUGUUUUUAUAUGGAAUCAUUAUCGGGAGGCGCUUGCAGAUAUACAAACCCUCACAGCAGAACUUUCGGUCAUCUGGGAAACCCUCAAUCUUACUGAUGCUGACUUUAUUCGGUUUCAUGCGCAAGAACGUGAAUAUCUUGAUGGGUUGAAACAAGCACCAGUCAAGGAUCUUGUCAGCAUCCGAUAUGUCAAUGUACUUGACAAGCUUGCUGAGCGCCACCUGAGUCAUAUGCACCUUGCUCUCAAUCAAGCUCGGGUUCGUGUCGAUACAGCAUAUUCAAAACUUCAGAACACAGAACAGCUAGCUGGAUAUUUAGAGGUUCAACUUGGCAUCGACAAACACUGGGAAAUCAGAGGUGAACAUUAUAAUUGCUUUCGAGAAGAAGCUUUGCUUCUCAGAUAUUGUUCAGUGCUUGAUGAACUUGAGCGCCUGUUUGAACUGUCCAAACUUUCGUUAUCAGGAACAGAUGCUAUUCGGAACACUAUCAAUCAUUACAACACUCAGGCUGCCGCUCUGGUCCCACCUAGGCCAAAACUAAUGUGGAAGGAUAUCGUUGAAUAUAGCUUCCUUGGCGAAUUUGACUUAUUGCGUCACUCACGUACUGACAUUCGAGACGUUGAGUGGACCACACCCGCUCAUUGGGAAGCUACAGUCAAAUACUUCAAGCUCCAAUGUGCUCGUGAAGAAAUACAGUGUCUGAAUAUAGAAAUUUGUCGUCUGCGCACGGCAAUACAUGAUGAAGAAACCAAGACCAUUGCAACGAUAGACCAACUCCUCAUCACAAAUUCCCUGCUUGCCAUGGAGUUGAGAAGGAGGUGGCAGGCACGUGCCACUGUCAAUGCUGUCCAUCUUUACCGACUAAGUCGAAUAGAGUCACAGCCUGCAUUUUCAGGCAGAUGUGGUAUUGGUGUCUGA